AUGUCCAUCCGUUCUUCCACAAAUAGAAUCUCAGGAUUCACACCUUUUGAACUACUAACAGGUCGUUCCUUUCCAGGUCCAUCAACGCCACUGACUGAAAGUGCCUGUGGUCCAAUAUCACACUGUGUAUAUUUUGAAAAACUUAAUGCUUUGGUCAAACAGUUUUCUCAUCAGGCACCCGAGGACCCGCUUCCUGAACCAAUUGCCGAACCAUCACAAUAUGUUUGCUUAAAACGGUUCCGCAGAAAGUGGAACGAGGCGAGAUGGUCCCCUCCACUGAGAGUCGUUGAGAGAACAACACAUUGUGUUCGCCUGUCAGGAAAAGGCGACAAGUGGUAUCACCUGUCAUCCUGUGUUAAUUGUGAUUCCUCCAACAGGUCGCUGUCUGACACUGCUGUGGACCUGAGAGCUCAGGUCCAAGAGAGGGAAGAUUCCAGUGACACCCCUCCACAGAGCAACCAACAAAUCCUCCAAAAGAGGGAGGUACAGUACAGGGAGGGAGUUGAUGAACUUCCACAAGACAUAACGACAGGUGCUCUGCAGAUACGUCAUAAAAAAGGUGACCUUUUUUCAAGCCCACCAGGUGAGCCGCUAGCACACUGUGUUAGCCAAGAUCGAGCAUAUGGUGCAGGUAUUGCAGUAGCAUUUAAAAACAGGUACGGUGUUGAACACGUAAGACAGCAAAACAAAUCAGUGGGUGAGUGUGCGGUCACACAUGAAGACGACGGGAGAACCAUCUUCCAUUUAAUAACCAAAGUCAGGAGCACUGACCUCCCCACAUAUGAGAAUUUCACAAAAAGCUUAAUACACAUGAGAAAUUGGUGUGAGACACAUAUUGUGAAAAGUGUUUCCAUACCUCGGCUGGGGUGUGGAUUGGACGGACUGGAUUUUCAAAGAGUUUCACAUAUCAUAACUGAAGUUUUUGCAGGAACAGAUAUGACAAUAACCAUAUACAUGUUGUAA